AUGAUUUCCAACACUUUUCGUUCGAAGCAGUUGCAUCAUGAAGAUUUCAGCAAUUGCAGCUUUCCCGUUUGUUUCCAGGCUACGGAGGGCAUUUAUCCAACAGCCGACGGCUGGUGCCCUCCUGCUUGGCCGACAAACGAGGAUGUCCUUUCACAAGAGGACAUCGAAAAAGCCAAGCUCAGGAAAAGUUUAGUAAAACGCACGGCAAUCGUGAGGGGGAAGCACAUCGAAACUGUAUUGAGCGUGGAUUUCAUGGCGCGGUGGAAGUUUUCGAUGAUGGUUUGGCCUCUGAAAGAGAGCUCCAAGCUUUCCGGGCGCGGUGACAACCGCAGUUACGUCUGUUGGGUCUAUUACGAGCAACAAGAUGAGCAAUCGGUGUUCCGUGCGUUCAGCAAUGUGGAUGUAAAGCUGAAGGACAGCGAGAAAGAGGUCGUGGAUCCGGAGACGGCCAUCAAGAAUGAACAGAGCAUCCUUCGUUGUAAGGACCAAGUCUGUUUCUUCAGCAUGUAUGAAUGGGAUGCCUUGGCCGGAACUGAGGAAUGA